AUGAAGGCCAUAUCCCUCCUCGUCGCCGCGUCGGCUGUCGCCAGCGCAACCACAAACCCCGUGGUCCACGACGCCAAACGGGACAUCAGCUACCGAGGUCUCAAUCGCAACGGCAUCGAAGUCUUUCUUAAUAUCCCAUAUGGCCAGGAUACAGGCGGCAAGAACCGUUUCAAACCGCCUCGCCCGCAUGUUUCCCCACGGGGUAGCUCCAUUGAUGCGACUGCCUAUGGAUCUGCUUGUCCCCAGGCGUUAGGGCCGUGGGUGCCUCCGAUUUCGUUGACAAACAUCACAAAGAUCUCGGAGAAUUGCCUGAAUUUGAAUAUUGCGAGGCCGAAAGGCGGUUGUGCAAAGGGGAAGAAGCUGCCUGUGUUGGUUUAUAUUCACGGUGGGAGUUUUUGGGCUGGUAGUAAUGAGGAGAUUACGAUUCGACCGGAUGGCAUGAUUUUGGAGAGUGUGAAGAAUGGAUUGCCGGUGAUUCAUGUAGCAAUGAAUUACCGCUUGGGCUUUUUUGGAUUCGCACAGUCCGAUGCUCUCCGAAAAGAAGGAUCUGAGAAUGCUGGUUUGAGAGAUCAACGACUGGCGCUCGAAUGGGUUCGUGAUAAUAUUGCGCAGUUUGGCGGUGAUCCAGACAAAGUCACCAUCUUUGGCCAAUCUUCCGGCGGUCUCUCCAUCGGCAUGCACAUCAUGGCGUACGGCGGCUCCAAACGACCUCCCUUCCAGCAAGCCAUCGCCGAAAGCCAAGCUCUCGAGCCCGGCAUCACUGGCAAAUUCACAAUCAACGCUAUGAAACUCCUCGUCGACUACAUUGGGUGCAACAAGACAGGCCUCCACGCCAAAGAAACCAUCCAAUGUCUUCGCAACUUUGACAUGGACAAGCUGCUCAACGCUUCACUCACCACGUACCAGUCAGAUACCGCCCACAACAUCGGCGAUAUUUGGCUCCCUUCUGUGGACGGUGAUUUUCUACCCGCUGCUCCCUCACAACUCAUCAAGGAGCAUCGGUUCUCCAAAAUCACCACCAUGAUGGGCUGGUGCGACGACGACGUCACCUUCUUCACGGACCCGAGCAUCACCACCUCCAACGACACUUACAACUUCCUCAGGGCCUACGCACCAGACGUGUCAGUCAAGAACAUCAACAAGCUCAUGACAAUGUAUCCCGCGUCAGAAUUCCCCGCCAACAAAGCGGCCAAUGUAUCGAGCGAAUUCUACCGCUCCGCCAGAAUCUUCAGAGACAUCAUCAUGACGUGCCAGCCCAUCGGGUACGCGGAGCAAAUUGCUGCCGCCGGCAACACCGUCUACCUGUACGACUGGAACCAGACCAUUCUCGAUCCCUUCCUCACACAGGUCGCCCACCGACCGGGCAUGGGCCCCAUUCACACCUCUGAAUUCGCUUACAUCUUCGGCAAUCUCUCGCACUACGACACCGGCGACUACAAGUUCGACCCCAGCCCGUCAGACUACAAACUCAGAGACAGGGGCUCGCGAUCAUGGUCCACGUUCGCCAGCACAGGUAAGCCCGGUCUCAAGGGGCGCAACACUUUCCAGGGCUUCACACCGGCGUUUGCGCAAAAGGGCCAGACGAAUAUCUUUGUGGUUGGUGGUCCGAACGAGGGCUUGUCAGCAAUUGAUGGACCAAAAGCUCAUCCUGCUAUCAAACAACAAAAAUUGAGAGAAAGAUGCGCCUUUAUUAAUUCGCCAGAGAUGAUUAACCAAUUAAAGUAUUAA